AUGGGCCAGCGACUCCCACCCCACAAAUCAACCCCUUCACGUCUUGCUACCGCGGGGUCCAGAGAGGUUUUGUGGGGGAAGGAGGAGGAGGGCGGAGAGCCGGUGCAGCAGGAAAACACCUUAAACAACAGACGAGAAAACAGACCCGGGUCACGGCAACAACAAAAGAAAAGUCGUAAGAAGCAGCCCGCGGGAGGAGGGUGGCUGCCACCGCUUCCCCGACGCCGCGGCGCGCGAGCCCCCGGGGCCUCCCGGCAACUGCACCAGCCCGGGAGGGGCCCCUCCCCCGCCGGCCCCCUCCCCCCCCCGCCCCCCCGCGGGCGCCACUGCAGCUGCACCGGUCCCCGGAGCCGCGGCCGUCCCGGGCGCCGCUGCAGCUGCGGCGGCUCCCAAGCCCCCCUCCCCCAGCCCGCCGCCCUCCGCACCCGGGAGGCGCCGCCGCAGCUGCACCGGCCGGGAGCCCGCCCCGCGCCGCAGCUGCACCGGCCGGGGGUGGGAGGGGGGCGCGGAGCGGGCGAGCCCGCACCCCGCCCGACCCCGCAGCUGCGGCGGCCCCGUCCCCGCGCCCGGCCUCCCGCAGCUGCGCCGCCCCCCGCCGCCCCAGCCGCUCCAAGCACACAAACUAACUCCACUCGCGGGGGCGCCCCCGGCCCGGCCCGCCCUCCGCCCGCCCCGGCCCCGCCGGCCGGGGCCGCACAGCUGGCGCCCCUCGCCCGCCAGGGGGCCGCGCGCGGAGGGGGCGCCGGGUCAGGGGCCGGGGCGGGCGCCGGGACUCACACGGAGCGGCCCUAA